CCGGAGUGACGUGUUCCAUGAUGGCAGAAGACCCCGGCGGAUCUCACUUUCUUUUCCCUCCGCUCUCAUCGUUCCCCCGUGGUCUGUAGCUAUGGCCUGGACCGAUUUUCCCUUUCCUAGAGUCUGUUUGACGUCUGCCCUUACUAAGCCGCAACCAUGCCCCGGCGAGGGAACAGAAAACGGCUGAAAUUUCGGGCCGACGAUGUGAGCUCCCACACAGUUACGGUGGCGGAUUUUGCCAACUCGGAUCCGGCUGUUGUGAAGUCUGGACGUGUGAGAAAGGCGGUGGCCAAUGCUGUUCAGAAAGAAGUGAAAGCGCUUUGUGGCCUGGAGGCCUCUCGGGUGCCCAGUGAGGAUGGUUUGUCCGGAUUAUCUGAGAAUGGCAAUGAUGAGAGCUGUGAUGAACUGGAGGAAAAUGCUAAUGAGACCUCGUUCAGGAAAAAGAAAAGUAAGAAACAAAAAGAGAGCAGCCCUGCAGACGGAGUCGACUGUCCCAUUGACAUCUGGCUUGUACUCUCCUCCUACAUCCGACCGGAAGAUAUUGUGACGUUUGCUCUUAUUUGUAAGAAAGCUUGGACCGUUACUUGCACUGCUGUCUUUUGGAUGAGAUUGUACAAAAGACAUUAUCACACAAGCUCCUACCUUCCUGUUCGUUUGCUUCCAGGGUGCAUGUACAGGCUGCGCUAUCUGCGUGCAUGUGUUAUUCGUUCCUUAUUCCACAUGUACGAGCCGUUUUGUUCCAGGGUGGCUAAAAAUCCUUCAUUACCGGAAUCGACUCCUAACACUUUGUUAAAUUCCAAAUGUCUACUUUUCUGGUGUAAAAAGGUGGAGACUGGAAGCAGACCUCAGCCAUUGUGGGAAUUUAACUUCAAAUUUAAGAAGCUGCCUCUAAAGCAGAAGAACCAUUGUCUUAAUGGACUACAACCCCCUGCAGAGUACAAAGAAGUCCAUUUUAACCCAGACCAGGACUGUUUCCUUUUUCAAGUUACCACUUUAAAUUUUAUCUUCAUCCCUGUGGCAAUGGGCAUGACACUAACUUACUUGACUAUAAAUGUCAGUACGGAUAUGAGGCACCACCGUGUAAGACUGGUCUUUCAUGACUGUCCAGUGUUAAAUGGCAAGAAACCUCGUGGAGAACAAGGAGUGCAGAUUGUUUUGGAUCCUGUACACAGCGUCCACCUCUUAGACUGGUGGCAUCCACAUUAUCCCUUCUCAACCAUGGCCUAGUGCUAGAACAUCUAUUUGUUUCUGUGAGCCAUCUGAACAGAGACCAAAGAAACUGAAAUAUUAGACUGGAGACGCGGUGUGAUUCUCAGUAUACUAGCGGACACUUAUUUAACUGCCAAAGUUCAAGAAUAAAUCUUUAUUUUCAUGUCAGGAUUGAAAAGAGUUAAUAUCUAAUGAUUAUCAUGAUCAAAUAUUGGUUUUACUUUUUCCUCUAAAAAAGUAUUGAAACGUUAUUUUAAGUUUUAGCUACUUGUUGCAUUGUGUGUGACCAAGUGAUUGAUGCUAAUGGGUUUUACUGCUGUAAUAUUCACCAUGGAGAAUCUGGGGUAGUCCUCCAGAUUCAUUAUAAUCAGGACAAGAUUAGUGAUCUCCAAUGUGGUUUUACUUUAUUAUUUUAUCACAUACUUACCGAGCAAUUUUAUAUAUCAAGGGAAAAUGGCUGUAAGUGUUUAUGGCUCCUUUCACACGGGCGAGAUUUCCGUGCGGGUGCAAUGCGUGAGAUGAACGCUUUGCACCCGCACUGAAUCCGGACCCAGUCACUUCAAUGGGGCUGUUCAGAUGAGCGGUG